AUGGAAAAUAUAGGAUCAUUUAAAAGACAUUUUUGGUUACUUUUUCGAAUGCUCGGAAUUAUAAUCGUACUAAAUGGUUUCGAUAUCUUUCAUUCGUAUUUUUUUCCAUUCACUCCAUCUCCUCGAUACUCGCAUACAUCAUUACUUACUUUAUCCACUGAUAUCAAUAGCGGAUAUAGAAAUCUUUAUAUUCUAGGUGGCAGAUCUAAUAACGAUAGUUUAUCAUCAUCUAUUAAUACUGAGAUUGGUUCACAAGCGUUUUAUCGAUUUUUCAAUGAUGACUUGGAUGCUUCUUUGCAAAUAUGGAAAAAUAUUCCUAAAGAACAACUUCCUUCAGAUGUUUCAUGGGUUUCUGCAGUACAAUUCAAACCCAAUUCGCUAAAUUGUUAUUUAUUUGGCAAACCCAUAAAUAAACCACCUAAUGUAGAUUCCACUUUAGUUUAUAAACUUGAUUCACUUAGUGGAAAUAUAUCAUUUAUUAAAACUAUUCCUGUGGAUAUUAGUAAACAAACUCAAGCUAUAUCUCAUAAUUCUGGAAGAAUUUAUAUUUUUGCUGAUUUAGAUAAUGAAUUAUAUGGUCCUGAUAAAUAUACUUCAUAUUAUAUAAUUUAUCUUUUGGAUACUACUAAUAACUAUGAAUGGAAAUUAAGAAGUUCUUCAAUUUUUGCACCGAAACCGAGACUUGAUUAUACCGCUACAAUGAUGCCUUCUGGACAAAUAUAUUAUAUUGGAGGUCGAGAAUUUCAAGAUGGUGAUGUGAAUAUUAAUGAGAUUAAAAUUUAUGACACUAAUGCCGGGGAAUGGACAUCAAUG